AUGGUUAAAUUCGUCUACGCUUUCUCUGCUCUUGCUGCCCUUAUUGGUGCUGCCAACGCCCACACCCGGGUUUACGGUGUCUACGUCAAUGAUGUCUUCCAGGGUGAUGGUCGUUCAACCUACAUCCGUUCUCCUCCCAGCAACUCUCCGGUGAAGGACGUUUCUUCCCCCGACAUCGUCUGCAACGUUGCCAAUACGCCAGCGCCUUCAAGUGUUACUGCUGCCGCUGGCGAUAAAAUUACCUUUGAGUGGUAUCACGAUAAGUAAGAAUUCCUAACCGCUAUGUUUGAACACAGCUGACAAUUCUACAGUCGUGGGGACGACAUCAUCGACCUCUCCCACAAGGGGCCCAUCACCGUCUACAUUGCUCCAGCAGCUUCGCAAGGCGCCGGCAACGUCUGGACAAAGAUCGCGGAGUCCGGACUUAGCGGGGGAAAGUGGGCGGUGGAGACCCUCGUCGCCAAUGGCGGAAAGCACGAUGUCACCCUACCCUUAGCGUUGGCCACUGGAGACUACCUUCUGAGAGCCGAGAUCAUUGCUCUCCACGAGUCGGACACCGAUUACACAGUUAAUCCUGCUCGUGGAGCUCAAUUCUACCCAUCAUGCUCGCAGCUCAAGGUGACCGGUUCCGGAACUGUCACUCCUGCCGGUACUUUCAGCUUCGUUGGUGGUUACACCCCCACUGACCCUGGAAUUCUCUUCAACUUGUAUGGUGGCGCCACCAGCUACCAAAUCCCUGGACCCACUGUGUGGGAUGGGAAGACCGGCGGUUCUGUUCCUGCUCCUUCAAGUGCUCUUACUCUUUCUACCACCCGUGCUGUCACCACUGCUCCUCCUGCUACCUCCGCGCCGAUAGCAACCUCCGUUGCCGCUCCAGGGCGGACCAGCUCUGCCGCCCCCCCUGCCGCUCCCUCAGCCACUAAGCCUGCAAGCAGUACCCCCGGCACAGUAGCCAAGUACCACCAGUGUGGCGGAAAUAUGCACACUAGCGGAACUGACUGCGUAGCUGGUACCAAGUGCACAUUCCUGAACGAGUACUACUCUCAGUGCUUAUAG